UCAUCUUUGUCUUCAUCUUCAUCUCUAUCAUCUUGCCUUCCUUCCACUGAUGCAACUCCUCGACUUGAUAGCUCUCCACUUCCUCUCCACUCUGCGUCCACUAAAAACGAUGGAAGCCAAAAAACCACCACCGACAGCCUCUUAAAGCCGCGCCACCAAUUUCAUAUAGGAGCUCUUAAUGUUAGGACACUUUGCCAAAUAGGACAACAAGCAUCACUAGCCAAGACCCUGGCAUCACGAGCCAUUGAUGUAUGCUGUGUUUCAGAAACACGCAUACAAGACCCAAGUGUGGUUAUUCACCUAACCCCACCUGGCCAACAGGUUGAAUCUGCAAAAUUCACCUUGAGGGUGUCAGGAGAUGCCACAGCUAGUUCACGAGGAUUAGCUGGCGUAGGGAUAGCUUUGAGUACUAGGGCAGAAAAGACAUUGCUUGACUGGAUCCCGGUAGAUAGCCGAAUGUGUGCUGUCCGCCUGAACGGAUCAGUAAGAAGGAGGAAGGACUGCACUACUCGCCGAUGCCUUUUCGUAAUCUCCGCCUACGCCCCCACUGACUGCAGUUCAGAUGAAACGAAGGAUGAGUUCUACCAAAAGCUGUCUAGUUUGGUGGAAAGGCUAAACGCUCAGACAUAGUCGUUCUAGCUGGUGACUUUAACGCUCAAGUAGGGAAAUUGUGUCAAUCUGAGAAGGAUGUCGGUGGCACCUAUGGAGCUCCGUGCCAGCGAACCGACAACGGUGACCGUCUCCUACAGUUCUGCUCUGAUAAUCAUUUGUUUCUUGUAAGCACUAACUUUAAACACAAGGAGAGACACUGUUUGACUUGGAGACCCCCUUCAUCAAACCAACGCUGGACACAAAUAGACCACAUAGCAAUAAGCUAUCGUUGGCGUGGGUCGGUAGGAGAUUGUCGCUCCUUCUGGAACACGUGCGUAGAUACCGACCAUGCACUGGUCCGCGCUCGGGUGUGCUUACGACUGAACGGACGUAGGAAACAGCUGGCGGUAAAACCAUCACGUCCCCAGCUCGAUCAGGAAACUAAAUCCGUAUUUCAGGAAGAACUAGCUAAACACAUAUCUGUGUUCGACAGCUGUGCUCACCCUGAAGAAGCUUGGAAAAAUAUCCAGGCAGCCAUAGAUACAGCUGUAAAAGCUGUGAAUAAGGUAAACCCAAAGGUGAGUAAAAACCACUGGAUCUCCACCGCCUCAUCCGAACUGAUAGAUGCUAGAAGACUUAUUCCGGCGAGCUCCGAAUUCAAUGAGGAGCGAAAGCUGCACAAGAGGAAACUUACGAAAAGUCUCCGCAAGGACCGUGAACAGUGGUGGGCGACAAAAGCCAAAGAGAUGGAGAAAGCUUCGAGGAUAGGCAACACCAGGCAACUCUUUGGACUCAUCAGGGAAACGGGUGGGAGAAGACAAAUCAUUAGUGAGACAAUCUCGGAAAAAAAUGGCACUAUAAUUAGCUCACAGGAUAGACGACUGGAUCGUUGGAAAGAGCAUUAUGAGGAGCAGUUUAAUUUGCCCACAGCCACGCUCAACCUUCCGAGCAUCCAACACCUCCCUGAAUGGGAUAUAGAUACAGGUCCUCCGUCACUAACUGAGGUUACUAAAGCUGUCACCAAUCUGAAACUAGGCAAAGCAGCGGGACCUGAUGGAAUGACUCCAGAGGUAUUUAAGUACGGUGGAGACAGCUUACUGUCCGGAUUAACUGAGGUACUAGGCAGCGUCUGGGAAUCAGAAGAAGUCCCAUCGGGUUGGUGUAAGUCACUGAUUAUCCCCAUAUACAAGAAGGGAGACAAGUCUUCCUGUGAUAAUCACAGAGGGAUUAGCUUGACUAAUAUAGUAUCUAAAGUCUUAGGCUCAAUAAUCAUGCGUAGACUGAGUGGUGCUCGGGAAGCACAAACACGAGAGAGCCAGGCAGGCUUUAGACCAGGAAGAGGGUGUAUUGAUCAUAUCUUCACCCUCCGACAGAUUCUAGAACAUAGGCAUUCCUACCGGCGUCCAACAGUCAUUAUAUUUCUUGACCUAAAGGCAGCAUUCGACUCUGUCGAUCGGGAAGUUCUCUGGAGAUGCUUGGCUGUAAAGGGAAUUCCAAGAAAAUAUAUUGCACUGAUUAAGGCACUCUAUUCGUACUCAUACAGCCAGGUGAGGGCUUACGGCGAGCUGUCAUCUGAACUGAUGACGACCAGUGGUGUCCGUCAAGGAUGCCCAUUAUCUCCUUUUCUAUUCAACUUCAUCAUAGAUGUGUUAAUGGACUUAACCCUAGGUGACUUCAGCGACUCAGGGAUUGACUUGCUACCGGGGAAUAAUCUCGUUGACUUGGAAUAUGCAGACGAUAUAGUCCUUCUAGGCGAAGACGCUGACGAAAUGCAGAGUCUUCUAAACACCUUGAGCAGCAAUCUACGAAUGUUUGGCAUGCGAUUCGCUCCCGCCAAAUGCAAGAUGAUGUUACAGGACUGGACUACAUCGACGCCUAGUUUAAAAAUAGGAAGUGAAGUGGUAGAGCACGUUGACCGCUUCACUUAUUUGGGAAGUACCAUCAGCCCCAACGGGCUGAUCUCUGACGAAAUCUCAGCACGAAUACAAGGGGCUCGUUUCGCAUUUGUUAGUUUACGCCGACUCUGGCGUAGACGAGAUGUUCGACUAUCGACCAAAGGGCGGGUGUACUGCUCAUCAGUCCGCUCCGUCCUCCUUUAUGGUUGUGAGACCUGGCCACUGAGAGUGGAAGACAUGAAAAGACUAGCUGUCUUUGAUCAUAGGUGCCUGCGUUCUAUUUCCCGUGUAAAGUGGCAUAAUAAGGUGAGCAACAUGGAGGUUAGGCGUAGAGUUCUAGGUAAACAGGGGAAAUCAAUCGACGAAGUCGUGAAGCUACAAAGACUGAGAUGGUUAGGACAUGUGUUACGUAUGCCAAGCCAUCGCCUCCCUCGACGAGCAAUGUUAGCGGAUAUAGGGUCAGGCUGGAAAAAAGCUAGCGGCGGUCAAACAAAAACUUGGCAUCAGUCAAUGAAAUCCACAACAGUUGGUCUAAGCCACGUAGGAAGGUGUAGACUUCCAGGCUGGGGUCCUCGGGACGGUAAAAAUCUAUGGUUGGAAACAAUUGGUGACAUGGCUCAAAAUCGUUCUCAGUGGCGCAGAUGCAUCCACUCCCUGUGACUUAUGAUCUUCAAUGAAACUGUUUUGUAUUUCUUUAUUACUCCUUUGUCUCACACCUCUGCUCACUGUUUCUAUUAUGCUUUUCUUGUACUUUCUUCUCUUGCUUCGCGUGCUACACGGAAUGUGGCGACUUGAACUUCCGCACAUUUGUGCAAAGUUCUAUGUCGAAAACAGACAGACAGACAGACAGGCCGUGACAGGUUCUAAGCGUCGUGAAAAUGGUUCAUUGUUUUAGGCAUAGUGAGUUUUGGUUUCAAAUGAGCGAAGUAGUCGUUCAGUGUCUGCUUUUAUGAGUCUAGGCAUAUGUCUGUCAGUUUCACUAGUCAGGAUAUAUAUGUGCUUGCUAGUGAUACGUUUAUUUAGUGUCUUGCUCAUUGUCUGAUAAAAACUCUGUUAGCCUCUUGGGUAUGUCCCGGCUACCUUGCCGUGGUGGUCGGGCUUGAAUACGUCAGUGACUCAUGUCCCUGCAGGUCCUACUAUGUCAGGAAGGCUGUUUGGAUAGCGGUUAGACUAAAGGCAGUUACCAUGGGGUACAUAGGCUCCAGAAUCCAAUCGGAUAAAAUGGCGUAUAAACC